AUGAAGACUUUCUACAGCUUACUUGCCCUGGCCAUGAUCGGUCUGGCAGUGGCUUAUCCUGCGGAACAGCAACCAUCAGAGCAGGACACAACUAACACAGAGCCACCUGCAGUGUACAUGGAACAGUUGGUGCCGGACGAGGCACCCGACGCGUCAGUUCCGGAAGCGCCAGAAACGGAAGGUCAACGAACGAAGCGUCAUCUUGGAUUCGGUGGCGUUGGUAUUGGCGUUGGAAUUGUUGGUGGUGGCUUCGGCGGCUUUGGUGGCUAUCCCGGCGGAUACGGAUACGGGGGCGGCUUCUAUCCCGGGUACGGAUAUGGGGGCGGUUUCUAUCCCGGUUACGGAUACGGUGGCUACCGGCGCUACGGUUACCGGUAUGGUGGAUACGGAUACGGUGGUGGCUUCGGAAGUCCAUACUUCUUCUAG